GAUUUGUUGAACUUGUUUGAACUAGCAUAGUCUUGUUUAUUUACAUUUAAAAUAAAUAAUAAAUGUUAUGUCUCUUUAAAUUCCAUAAAAUAAAAUAAGCAAGCGUGGAUAUAAUUUAUAUAUAUUCUCUUACAGUGAUAUUGCUUUGUUGGCUUAUUUAGUUCAAUAUCAAAAUCCUCUAAAUAACAUAAAAUUCAAUAAUCAAAAUGACCUGGAGUAAAUUAUCAUAUAAUCUCUUCAGAGCUGUAAAACCAAGGCUUGCCUAUGAAGAAUUUUCAUUGAGAUAUUACAGCAUGCCGAGGCGAGCUCUCAUGUAUGUGCCUGGAGAUGAUCCAAAAAAGAUACAGAAAUCAUUUACUAUAGACGUGGAUUGUAUCGCUUUAGAUUGUGAGGAUGGUGUAGCUGCUAAUAAAAAGACUGAAGCUCGAGAACUUAUCCAUUCUUUCCUUAACAAAGAAAAACCAAAACGAGACAGGGAUUAUGACUUAGGAGUAAGAAUAAAUUCUCUUGACAUCCCUAUAUGGAAAGAGGACCUCAAAUCAUGUUUGACUGCCAGUCAUUUGCCCGAUACAGUUUUGGUACCUAAAGUGGAAUGUCCUGAGGAUAUUAAACUUUUUUCAGAAGAAUCUGGCAAGCUUUUACAAGGGGACGCUAGGGUAAACUUGAUAAUUUAUAUUGAAUCAGCCGGAGCAUUCUUAAAUAUUGUCGAUAUCUGUAAGAUGGCAGAUAAAUUGGCAAAUGUUGGUAAAUUUUUGCCAGUCAGUUUGGUUUUUGGUGGAGAUGACCUUUACGCAAGUUUGGGAGCAAUCAAAAGCGAAGAGUGCACAGAAGUACUAUAUGCUAGACAAAAAUUAGUUCUAGUGGCCAAAGCCUUUAAACUUCAAGCUAUUGACAUGGUCCAUAUAAAAUACAAAGACUUGGAAGGCUUGAAAGCUCAAUGCGAACAAGGAAUGAAAAUGGGUUAUACAGGAAAGCAAGUUAUCCAUCCCGGACAAGUUCCUGUAGUACAAGAAUCAUUUUUACCAACUGCAACACAAAUUGAGUGGGCCACUGGGUUAUUGGAAAGCUUUAAGAAGCAUCAAAAAGAAGGAAAAGGUGCAUUUACCUAUAGGGGAAGCAUGAUUGAUAUGCCAACAAUGAGGCAAGCCGAGAAUAUUGUAAAGCUGGCCCAGUUGAAAAAAUACCAAUAGUAAUUAAGGCAAUCGGGGUUGUUCCGAGGUUGAGCUGACAAGUUGGGAGUCAGAAACGUCCAGAAAUCAUGUUAUUAAGUUAUUUCUUCCAGGCAGUUGGGCUCAAUUAUACUUUAAAGGAAAAGAGGGGGCCUGGAACAAAUUUUUACUUUAUUCCAGGCACUUGGGGUUGAAUUCUUCUUUGAGGGUACAAUGAUCCCAAAAAAACUUAAAAGAGCACAAAAUUGUAGGGAAAUGACAAUUUUAAAAGCAAAGAAGAAUGCCUGGACUAAAUUAUUGCUUUAUUUCAGGCAAUUAAACUAUAAUUUGGGGAUGAAAAAUUUCCAGAAUCAUGAUAAUAAAUUUAUUUGUUAUGUUUUCUGAACGUAUGAAGACAAUUAAUAACUCUCUAGUCUGAUAAUGGCAAGAACAUGGCCGAAAUGCGUCGAAAUGACAUUGGAAUUGGCAUUUUAUUUGUGGAGAAAAGAAUUCCCCUGUAAAACUUGUCUAUAAUUUCAAAGGUUCAUGAAGAGCCCAUGGAUGUACCCUCGAGUUAUUCAUAACACGAAUUGUUGUAUUGAAAAAUAAUUUGUGCAAAGUUUUGUUAAUUUAAUUAUUCCUCAUUACCUUCCAAAAGUUCCAUCAGAUAUUCAAAAUUUUCUGGUACAGGAAUGCUUGGAAACAAUUAAGACACCUUGAAAGA